UGUUGACAGUGACUGGCACAGCACAGUUGCUUACAUAUUUGUUGGGUAAGUCAGGGGAUGAGUGACAUGCUCUGCUAAUUACUGACAGUAUAUAAGGGUCCAAAGCAAGUAGAAGACACGCACUUCACCACAUCCUCUCACAACCCACGUGAAUUCCCUUCUCUUGACAAGAUGUGUUGCAACUACAGCAACUCCUGUGGCUAUGGCUGUGGAUAUGGCUAUGGCUGUGGAUGUGGUCCCUAUUAUGGCUGUGGUUAUGGCCUGCGUUAUGGCUGUGGCUAUGGCUCAGGGUAUGGCUGUGGCUAUGGCUUCCGCUGUGGAUAUGGCUGUGGAUAUGGGUGUGGCUAUGGCUAUGGCUCCAACUGCUCUGGGUACCGGCCAUUUUUCUAUAGAAGAUGUUAUUCCUCUUGCUGUUAGAACAUCACUGUCCAAGCCCCACUUGCUUCUGAAAAGACACACUUUAAGAGAAGACUCAUUCAAGGAUCUAUACCCCAAGAUAUAUAUAUCGAAAACAUUGUAUGUGUCAUAGAAGAUUUGACCUCCAGUAACAUUUGUAAGAUGGCAGCUUGUGGAUGAGGCUAUGGAGUAUCAUCUAACAGUUUUCCACAAAGUGUUGGUCUUACUCCCUUAAUAUGGAUUCUGUGUUGUGACUGUGACAAGGAUCCGAACAUCCCACAUUUGGGCAAAUCCCUUAUUCUCAAUAAAAAUGUUUCAU